UUCCCCAUGCCUCAUUAUUCAACCUUUGGUUUUUAGUAGUUCCCACUUUUUUUUUCUCCCCAUCUAAUCCCUUUUCUUGCUCUUACACAUAGCAUUUUAAUACAAGUACAACAAAUAUAUAGAAAUAUAUAGAAGUAUUAGUAGCUUUUGUAUAUAAAGGUGGUCCAGCUGAGUCUAUGGCUGACUGACUUCGAGAGAGAAGCCGUGUAAGAUAAGGAGAGAGAAAGAGAUGGGAAAGAAAAUAUUCUCUCCAGCUACCUUUCUUUUUGGUGCUUUCUUCUGGGUUUUAAGCCAAAACUGAACAAGCUCUUCAGCCAAACCCCAAAAAAAUUUGUUUCCCUGAGUUAGAACAAGUUCAAAAUCAAUCGUAUUUUUGUUUCAAAAUUAAAAAAAAAAAAAGGAAGAGAGAGAGAGAUUUGUUGGGUUGCGUUUUCUUUGUUGCAAAAACUUAUGUUUGUAGUAUCAUCAUCAUCAGUUUUGAAGUAAUAGUUUGCCCAACGCUGAUUCAGUUUGGGGAGUUGGUUUAUAAUGUUUAGCUACUUUAGGAUAGAACAGUAGUUGAAUUCGUCAAAGUAGCAGAAAUGAUGUCUCAGGACGGGCUUUCUAUUCCCUCAACUAUCCCAGGGUUAGCUCAAGAACCAAACCCUAACCCUACCGCUAAUCCAGUUAAGAAGAAAAGAAAUUUGCCAGGGACACCAGAUCCAGAUGCAGAAGUGAUAGCUUUGUCCCCAAAAUCUCUCAUGGCAACCAACAGAUUCCUCUGCGAAAUCUGCAACAAGGGUUUUCAAAGGGACCAGAACUUACAACUCCAUAGGAGAGGUCACAAUCUGCCUUGGAAGCUCAAGCAAAGAACAAACAAAGAAGUUAGAAAAAAGGUUUACAUCUGCCCUGAAAAGACCUGCGUCCACCAUGACCCAUCGAGAGCACUAGGAGAUCUCACAGGAAUAAAGAAACAUUUUAGCCGGAAACAUGGUGAAAAGAAAUGGAAGUGUGAGAAAUGUUCAAAGAAGUAUGCAGUCCAGUCGGAUUGGAAAGCUCAUAGCAAGAUUUGUGGCACUAGAGAGUAUAGAUGUGACUGUGGAACUCUCUUUUCCAGAAAGGAUAGCUUCAUCACUCAUAGAGCUUUCUGCGAUGCUUUAGCUGAAGAAAGUGACAGAUUCACUUCGGUUUCAACGACUAUGAAUCCAGCAACCUUUAGACAUGAUUUGAUAAAUGGGGCCAAUAACAAUGCUCAACCCACAGGGAUGCACCAGUUUUCAUCAGGCUUUAAGCCAGAGUUUGCUGGUUCAGAGCUCGUCGACAAUCUGAAUUCAAAUGGGCAAAAGCCAAGGCUACAAUUAUGGCUCGACCCAGCUAAUUCUCCACUUAACCCAGUUGGUGUUCCAAGUGAUGCUAACGCUUCCUUAGCACCAAAAUCUGCAUGCUUGACUGACCUAGGAAUAGCACCAAUGAACAUGUUUGGAUCACUAUUACAGACACAAUGGCUAAGCAAGUACCCAGAAGCAUCAUUUCCAGUUGCCAACCUCAAUAUGUCAGCAUUGCCACGAGGGCCAAAAGAAGAAGAAGAGAACAAGGAAGAUUUGUCUGAAUCCAUAACAUCUUUGUAUUCGAACAAUACCCGGAAUAAUCUCCAACAAAGCCACACUCACAUGUCAGCCACUGCACUCCUGCAAAAAGCAGCCCAAAUGGGACCAACAAGAAGCAGCCCAGCUUUCAAUAACAGCGGCUUUGGGUUAAUGUGCUCAUCCGCCACAACUAUAUCGAGUUCCAAUGCUUAUUAUCAGAACAAGAAUGAAGUUUACAAGAACAUAAACGAACUGGUGAGUUCAUUGUCUUCAACUCAAGCAGCUGCCAUUAUGAAAGAUGGGUCUACAUUAGAUGAUUUAAACUCGAGCUCAUUUGUCAGUAAUACCACCAAGAAUAAUGCGGACAAUCUGAUGAUGCAAGGUAAUGGAAAACAAGGUGGCCAAACUGUCCUAUCAAAGUUGAACAGCAAUUCAAAUGAAGUCGAAGCAAGCUUAACCAGGGAUUUUCUUGGUGUGGGAGUCGAAUCGAGCAAACCAUUCUUGCAACAAGAGCUUGCCAAGUUUGCAUCAAUGGGUUCAGUUCAUCCAUGGAGUUGAUUACACUUUAGCGUGGUGGAGAGCAAGUUCAAAGUGCAUAAUUAAGCUGCAUGCUAGCCUUUGAGGGCAAUUACAUUAUUAAAUUAAGUAGGCUCGCAUGUUUAAGAAAAUUAGGAGCUGUAGCUAGCAAAAAUGGAGAUUAGUGGUGAGUUAGUACUCGGAAGAAUUGAAGCGGCAGCGAGUGAACUCUGGGAAGGGGAGUUUUGUGAAUGAGAAAGGGGGAGGGGGGGGGGGGCCACUGGAAUGCGUUGUGUAAGAGACUGAAGAGAAACAGAAAUGGCAGUGUUUGGGCCCUCCAUGCACGUAGAAUCUUCACCUUUUUAUUACUAGUACAGUAGUGGUAGUAUUUUUCAUUUUGUUUUUUAUUUGUUGAAAGCUAAUUAAUUAAAGCUAUUGCUAGGGUUACACAUGGUUGUGACCUCUUGUUGUACUGACUUUUUCCUCUACUGUGACGGCUGUGACCAUUUUACAAGCUUUAUGUAUGUUCACGCUCCAUUUCAUGUUUGGGCAAAUUGCAAGCUCAAA